UGAAGCUAAAGUCUGCAGAACGUUGACCCUCCAGGACCGACAUUGGACACACCUGGGUUGAAGGAAUAUUUACUUGGCCUGAAAAAAUCAGUCGUAAUGUUUUUCACUACAAUCCAUGUUACUGGUUCCUUUUUUUCAGAAACGCCUAUCCAUGGACUAUCCAGUAGUGCAAAAAAAGCCUGGAGUUUAGAGAACUUUGAUAUCGGACGAGCUCUCGGCAAAGGCAAGUUUGGGAGCGUGUAUCUGGCCAGGGAACGUCAGACCAAGUUUAUUCUGGCUCUGAAGGUUCUGUUCAAAAAGCAGCUGGAGAAAGCAGGCGUAGAGCAUCAGCUCCGGAGGGAGGUGGAGAUCCAGUCUCAUCUCAGACAUCCCAACAUCCUGCGUCUCUAUGGUUACUUUCACGACGCUGCUCGUGUCUAUCUCAUCUUGGAGUUUGCCCCAAAAGGAGAGCUGUAUGGUGAGCUCCAGCGCUGCGGCACCUUUGAUGAUCAGCGCAGUGCCACGUAUAUAAUGGAGCUCGCUGAUGCUCUGAACUACUGCCACUCAAAGAACGUCAUCCACAGAGACAUUAAACCUGAGAACCUGCUGCUGGGAGCCAAUGGGGAGCUGAAGAUUGCAGACUUUGGUUGGUCUGUCCACACUCCGUCCUCAAGGAGGUCGACACUCUGUGGGACGCUGGAUUAUCUUCCUCCAGAGAUGAUCGAAGGCAAAACUCACGAUGAAAAAGUGGAUCUGUGGAGUCUGGGUGUUCUUUGCUAUGAGUUUCUGGUUGGUCGGCCACCUUUUGAAACUAAGACCCACGAAGAGACGUACCGCAAGAUUUCCAGGGUGGAAUUUACAUAUCCAGCUCAUGUGAGCGAAGGCAGCAGAGAUCUGAUCAAUAGACUACUAAAGCACAACCCAAUGCACAGACUUCCCAUCCAGCAAGUCCUGGUUCAUCCCUGGGUUGUGGAGAACUCCGUCAAAAAGCCGAUCACCCACACAGCCGACAAGUGAGCAAUGCUGCAGUCGUGAUAUGAAACACUUGGCCAGAAUGAUUUCUUUCUUUUCUGUCACCUUUUGGAAAAACUAUCUUGUAUGUUUUUUUAAGUGUAAAUUGUAGCAUGUGAACAUGUCAUUUGUAAAUAUUUAAUUGUUUGAGACAUGCAUUGUAAAGUUUGAAAACAAUAAAUUGUAUUCUGUUGUGAUUUUACCACCUUCUUUGGUUUUAAUGUAAAUCUUGAUAGCACACAUACAUCUGGCUUGCAUCUGUUUGACGUCUGCAUUUACUUUGGCAAAACGUCUCGGUCUCAGACGUCAUAUAGACAUUUGUAAGAUGUUCGGCAGAUGUUUUUACACAGCAGAUGUUUUCCAUAUCUUUAGCAGACGUCUCCGAGAUGUAUUGCAGAUGAGCAAACUAUAUUGCAGACGUCAAAUAGACGUAAGCCAGAUGGAGUGUGCUACUUGAAUAUUUACUAUAAGGUUAAAACACACGUUUGUACUGUAGGAAAAUUUCUAAAUACUGUAAAGUAUGCUGCAGUAUUUCUUCAGGUGGGUAUUUGGAUUUAAAUUAAUUGUACAGCGCAGAAUAGCGUGUCUGAUCUCAAGACGGCGCUGUUGUCUAAUGUUUGCGAGUGUCUUAAGUCAACCCCAGGCGGCGCGUGAUACUGAGAAAAUGGCUCCUCCAUCUGAACUCAAAUUCCCACAAUUCAACGCGAGCCUAACUGUAGAAACUGUAGACUGUAGAAACAUUAUGGAAAAGAAUUAACUUGCCAUCAA